AUGAUUGUCGUCAGCAAGCCGGCCCCGCUGCCGAUGCAUCCUUGCGGGCGGUUCAACAAGAACUCGCUGAUCAGCUUCCUCGAACAAGUUUAUCAUCCUCAGAAGCUGCGGAUCGCGCAUCGUCUCGAUGCGAAUACGACCGGGGUGGCCGUACUUUCUCGAACCAGCGCGGUGGCUCGCCAGAUUCAACCGCAGUUCGAGCAAGGCAAAGUCGAAAAGCGAUACCUGGCGUUAGUGCAUGGGCAUCCAGAGGAAGACGAGUUCAUCUGCGACGAACAGAUCGGCACGUCUCGCGUUACCGGGGGUGGCCGUCGCGUCGAAGCUGGCGGACAAGAGUCGCGAACCGACUUCCUUGUGAAGGAACGAUUCGACGACGGCACUGCCCUGCUGGAAGUUUCUCCGAAGACCGGACGCACGAAUCAGAUUCGCCUGCACCUCUGGCAUCUCGGCUACCCGAUCGUCGGCGAUCCGAUGUACCAGCAAGGAGUCGUCAUGCAGCAGAAGCAAACGCUGGGCGUCGAAGAACCACCAAUGUGUUUGCACGCUUGGGAAGUUCGGUUCCGUCAUCCGCAAACGGCCGAAAUGGUCACCUUCCAAGCCCCUGCGCCCAAUUGGGCGACGAGCGAAAAGCCAUAG